AUGGCAAACAAGAUUCAACGAACCUACAAGCUCGACGACAUCAUAGACCAUGUAAUAUAUGAGAAGAAUCCGGAUAUAGGUGGCACUUGGUAUGAGAACCGGUACCCAGGGGUGAUGUGUGAUGUUCCAGCACAUAUAUACACCUUUCUUGAUAUACCGCAUCCUGAUUGGAGCCAUUACUAUGCCACUGGCCCAGAGAUCCACCAGUACCUCAAAACUGUAACGAAGCGAUAUAACCUGGACAGGGACGUUCAGCUCAAUUCCGAGGUAAAGUCAGCCAUCUGGGACGAAGAAUCUGGAACCUGGAAAAUACAGGUGUUGAAAGAGACAGAAGUGGUCGAUGACUGGUGCGACGUUCUGAUUAAUGGCUCAGGAGUCCUCAACCACUGGUCAUGGCCGUCAAUCCCUGGUCUUGACCAAUUCAAAGGUCAUUUGUGUCACUCCGCCAACUGGAAAGACGGGUUCGACUUCACCGGAAAACGGGUCGCCGUCGUGGGCAAUGGAUCGUCAGGCAUACAAAUCGUCCCAGAAAUGCAAAAGAUUGCGAGCCACAUGGUGAACUUCAUCCGCUCGAAAGCGUGGAUCUCGGCACCCUUCGCCGAAGACUUUUCAAAAUCGCCCGGAGGAAACCCUGCUUACACUGAGGAGGAGAAGCAAACAUUUCGAGAUCACCCGGAAGAACUAAAGAAUCUUCGGAACAAACUCAUCCACGUUCAGAAUACCUUCUAUGAAGCUCUCAUUGAAGGAGCACCAACGAACCUUGAGGCUGCUAAAGGGGUCAAGGCCUUGAUGAUUGACAGACUUGGCGGCAAUCAAGAAUUAAUUGAGAAAUUAAUACCGAAUUGGUCGUUGGGCUGCCGACGAUUGACUCCUGGAACGGGCUAUCUGGAAGCAGUGAGCCAACAGAAUGCGGAGCUCGUCGACGACCAAAUUGCCGAGAUCACGCCGACAGGGAUUCGAACCGUUGACGGCAAACACCGCGAAUUUGACGCCAUUGCGAUGGCAACCGGCUUCGACGUCUCUUUCAAGCCUCGCUGGGUGCAACUGGGUCGGAAUCAUCGGUCUCUGGCAGAAGACUGGAAAGACGAACCGGCCAGCUAUUUCUCGCUCGCUGCCGCUGGCCAACCUAAUCAUUUCAUCUUCAUGGGUCCCGCAGGGCCAGUCGGUCAUGGUAGCUUGACAUCAGCGAUCGACUGGACAGCAGACUAUGUGAUCAAGUGGCUGUUGAAAAUGACCAAGGAGGACAUCAAGUCCUUUGAAGUCAGAGAAGAUGUCCAACAUGACUGGAAUGUCUGGGGUGACGAACUCAUGAAGCGGACGGUCUGGUCCAGUGGGUGCAGAAGUUGGUACAAGAACGGCAAAGUCGACGGGAGAGUCACUGCGUUGUACCCUGGCAGUAUUCUGCAUUAUAAAGAUAUGGUGGAACAUAUACGAGGAGAAGACUUCCAUAUCAGUUAUCGUAGCAAGAACCGAUGGAGAUUCCUGGGUAACGGGUUUACUCAAUUGGAGAUGGACAAGGGUGACUUGGGGUAUUAUGUCACCUGCUAG